AUGAAAAAUCCGGCAAAGAUCUUUAUCCAGUUGCCGAAACGGGCCCUCAAUUUCGAUUGGAAGCUCCUGCUUCUCCUUCUGUUUUCCGUCAUCUUUCUCGUCUACGUUUCUCUCUCCGCCUCCUCCUCCGCCGCAUUAUCUCUCUCUCUUAGCCGUUUUUCUUCUUUAAAUUACAUAUUUCGCGGCCGCGCCCCGCCCGGCGAUCCGCCUACCCGAGCCGAGCCCCGGCCCGGGACCCAUCCGAACGGGUCGAGAAUUGCCGUUUGUUUGGUGGGCGGGGCCCGCAGGUUCGAGCUCACGGGCCCGUCCAUCGUGGAGAGAAUCCUCCGGGUCUACGAAAGUUCGGAUCUUUUUCUCCACAGUCCGUUGGAUGCGAACUCGUUCAAGCUUCUGCUGUUGAACGAUGCGCCGAGGAUUGCUUUUGUGAGGAUAUUCAAACCCGAACCCAUGCCCGAGACCGAGCCGGAGGCCCGGGUUCUGGCGGCUGCCAACUCGCCCAACGGUAUACAGGGCUUGUUGCAGUAUUUCAAUCUGGUAGAGGGCUGCCUAAAAAUGGUCAAAGCCUACCAAGAAGAGAACAAUUUCACGUAUGAUUGGGUCAUCCGAACAAGAGUUGAUGGUUACUGGUCAGGACCAAUGGGCCCCGAGAACUUCAUUCCAGGCAAAUACGUAGUUCCACCGGGCUCGUCCUAUGGUGGCCUAAAUGAUCGAUUUGGAGUGGGAGACUACAACACCUCAGUCACAGCACUUUCGAGGCUCUCCUUAAUCCCUCAGCUCGACUCGGCUGGGCUGACCCAGCUCAACUCGGAGGCUGCUUUCAGACUAUCUUUAUUCAUGACCUAA